AUGCUGCAAAGAACCUCCAUUCAAUCUAUCCGUAUAUCCCAGCUUUUUCGUUCUUCAUCCUGCUACAAACGCCAACCAUGUAUCCGCCAGGCAUUUGCACGGUCUUGCUUCACCAUAAAAUACCUCGGAAUAUCCGCUACAACCCGAUCCUUUUCAUCCACGCGUCUCCAACACAAUGCACCAAUACCAGACGCUCCUAAGAAGUCCGGAAUCCGAGAAAAUAUUUAUACCCUCCCAAACUUACUUACACUGUCGCGUAUAUGCUCAUGUCCAAUACUCGCAUGGUCCAUAGUUGACGGAAACUAUUACUUGGCGACUGGUUUGCUGGCCUAUGCGGGGUUGACAGACGCGGUAGACGGCUAUCUAGCUCGUCGUUAUAAUAUGUCGUCUGUCCUUGGAACUGUAUUGGAUCCUGCUGCCGACAAAAUACUCAUGACAACCUUGGUGCUGUCUUUAACACACCAGGAUCUUAUUCCCGUACCACUUGCUGUUAUAAUUCUGGGCAGAGAUGUACUUCUUAGUCUUUCAGCGUUCUACAUCCGAUAUUCAACCCUACCCCCACCGAAAACAUGGGUCCGUUACUGGGAUGUUUCUCUACCGUCAGCUGAAGUUCGCCCGACUUAUAUCAGCAAGGUCAACACAACACUUCAACUGGUUUUGAUGGGCGUCACCACCGUCAACCCUAUUCUUCCAUUCGAUCUGGGUCUUGCUCUCCAAGGACUGCAAUAUAUUGUGGCAACUACGACAAUCUGGAGCGGUUUCUCAUAUCUGGUCACUAAAAACGCUUUUCGAGUGGUAUCGCAAACCAAAAAUAAAACACCCAAUUCGCCAUGA